AUGCCGGAAGAAGACGGCUCCCAGUACUUGGCUGUAUGGAAUCCAUAUCCACAGACGAACUUGGAGGCGGUAAACGCGCCCAGAACAUUCGCUAGGUGGUUCGCUAGUGUCCUUGGCACUCAUGCGUUCCUAUACACGAUCUAUCACAAGCCUUCGAGCCCUGGUAUUGUCAUUGUUGAAGUAGGCGAGGAGUUCAAGGAUAAGUACACAGACAUCACCAAUCCUAGAGGGGUUGGUUGGCGGUUGGUUCUCGGCGAACACAAGUGGUCCGAAUUUCUCAAAAACCCUAGAGGGCACAACAAAGACUAUACUACUUGUGUUUUCUUUUCGCGUUACCAAAGCGCAGACUUGGUCAGGAAGGACGGUUGGAAGAUCAUUGACAUCCAAGAUGACUGGUUCGAGGGCUGGACACCUGAAAAUGGCCCAUUCCAAUACCCUUAUCCAAAGACGCGCUGGUGCGCGCCCCCGAGGCAGGACGUUACAACCAGUCAGAUAUGCAAACCCUUACCUGAACGUAUAUAUCCCGCUCCACCCAGCGAUGCGUUCCGCCCCACAGUCGGAUCGCAGGCAUACGUCGACCUGAAGGUCCCGAAAAAUGAAAAGAGGAAGUCAGCGGAACUCCCCACCAACGACACCAACGGCUGGGGCUCCUGCGACAGUAACCCCAACGCGCGUCCACGUAUCGCCAAUGUUGCAGCCACUGCCUCACCCAAUGUUCAAAGCGUAUCCGUGGAGAAUGCCUGGGUUAGGAAGCAGACACAGCGUCAACCUCAAAGCUCAACGACAAAGACUGCCCCGGUGUCGUUCGCCAAAGUUUUAGAAACGUCCAUGGCCAAACCUCCUGUAUAUCCACCACUCGGGCCAAGCGCUCCACCCAAUGCGUCUCGAACGCUUUCUUCUGCGACCAAUAACCCAUGGCCUGUGCCCUCUGCCAAGGCAUCAAGCUGGUUGUCUGGGCCACCCGGGAAACCUGUGCCAUCGUCUCGUCCACCUGGAAUUCCACUUCCACCCAGCGUCUCUAGGACGCUUCGACAAACCUCUUCUACGUCGAGGUCCACAGGUUUCAUUUCCAGAAACGCAAACACAGAUUUCCUCAGCCUCAACGGCGCAGGCUCUGCCACAGGUCUUAGACGAGCUUAUGCAUCUGGGAAAGGCGUCCCGACGGAAGAUGAUCCAGACGAAAUGCAAGAAAGCGGUGACGAUGACGGGUAUCGUAGGAAACAGGGAGAGGGAGAGGGAGAAAACUCUGAGAUAUGCCGCUGGCAUGCCGCGAUGGGGGCGAGGGGGUUAGGGGGUACAUGUCGGGAUUGCAGGAGUAAGAAGCUUAAGAAGCAAAGGGAGGAAGAAGCCAAAACUCGAAGACGGCAAGAAGAGGAGCAACGUGAGAUGGAUCAACCGUCUGAAAGCAAAGUGGAUGCGAAUGGGUAUGAAACGAAUUCUCAAUACAGCACGUACCACAACGGGGAUCUGGUCCAUGAUGACGAGCGUAACGACGUCAAGGGCGACAACGAUGAUUGGAAUAACUUCUACCUAGGCGAACAAGAGGAGGAGGACGACCCAAUUCUCCACGGCGCCCCCUCUGUCGGUGCUUUGAUGACCUUUGGUGCGAAUACUUCCAAGUUCGGAGUCGAUGGAGGCGAUACCACUGGCAGCGCUGGACCCUCGAAUGCUCGGUAUGCGGCAGGACCCUCUGGAUUUGGUUCUUCUACGACUUCAUCGGAAAGAGCCACUCAUAACGAUCUUCAAGCUGCGGUUCGUCGUCUGAAUAUUGCCGAAACGUCCGGAGCCGGUGUCAACGACGGUACUGGUGGGGCACGGCAGUCGCAGAAUGGUGGCCCUGAGUGGUCUCGAAACAAGGGAAAAGGGAAGGCGAAGAUCGAGAACAGUGAUACGGGUGUAUCUUGGGGAAGGGGCGUUCCUGGUUCCCCAGGAUGGACGACCUCAAACAGACGUUAGUUGCGCUCGUAAGUGCCUUACGUGGACUUUGUCUCUUCUGUGCAAUCCCUACCUUUCUUUAUGCUACUUUUCUUUAUGCCUGGCGAAUAGUCGUAUGUCACCUCCGAUUUUAAUCUGCCUGACGUGUCUUCACUUUCUAUCAAUAUUACUUACAUCCUCGUAUAAUCUCUGCUGCGCCCAGUGCUAUGACCUGUCUAUGCUUGCUAAUUCC